AUGUCGUUCGACAUCGAUAAGUCGCAGGCCGAGGCUGUGCUACCCGGCUAUGCCCCGUCGGGAUCGACCCGCAAGCGUCGUUUAGCGCUCACCCCGCGAUCCUGUCUCCUCUCACUCCUGAGCUUUAUCGCCCUCGUGUACUAUCUUGGCAUCUUCACCACCUACAGCACCACUCAACACCACAUCUACCAGCCUUCGCCUCACCCGCACAUCCAGUCCCUCUUUGCUGCUUCCCUCGCCAAGUGUGAUGCAAUCUCUGCACCUGUUGGCCCUCCUGCAGAUUUCCACAAGCGAACCCGCUCCGACCGAGCAGAAUCCGAUCUUCAGGAUGUAGUCAUUCGCAACGCGACGCUUUGGACCGGUAACGAUCAAGGCCACGAGGUGCUAUCUGGAUAUGAUGUCUUGCUAUCCCAAGGUAUUAUCAAGCGUAUCGCUCGUACAAAGAAGAAUGAGUUUCUUUGGAACGGGGCAAAUGUAGACAAAGUCAAGGUCAUCGAUGCUGCGGGUCGAUGGGUAACCCCUGGUCUCGUCGACAUGCAUGUGCAUCUGUCUGUUGGAGCUCUUCCCGCACUCCCCGGUCAUGACGACAUUAACAGCAUCGGCAAGAACACCAACCCUUAUCUUCGCACCAUCGAUGGCAUGAAUCAGCACGAUGCUUCUUUCCACAAGUCUCUUGCCGGGGGUAUCACCACUGGUCUUGUCCUGCCCGGUUCAGCCAACUCGAUAGGUGGUCAGGCUUUCCCCAUCAAGUACCGCCAGCCUUCCUCACAUCUCCCUCAAGACCGGAUUAUCGAGCCGCCUACAUCGCUUGCCCAUCUUGGCCAGGGCAAGGGUGGCUCGGCUUCUGAGCACUCAGCUAUUGAGCCCAACAUUGAGACCGGACUCCACCGCAAUGAUAGCAGCUCCAGCUGGCGCUACAUGAAGAUGGCUUGUGGUGAAAACGCUCGCCGCAUCUACAAGAUGACUCGGUUUGAUGAAGCAUGGGACUUCCGACGCACCUUUUCCGCCGCUAGAGAUCUCAAAAACAAGCAAGACGCUUUUUGCGACAGCGCCAAAUCUUUCGCCUCUCUUCACGGUCCCAACUCCUCUCCUUCCACGCUGGCAGAUGCCGAAUUUCCGGAUGACCUCGAACUCGAAGCAGUAGUUGCUCUCCUUCGUGGAAAAGUCAAGCUCAAUACCCACUGCUACACCCAGGUCGAUUUCGAAGCCUUUGUGCGUCACUCAAAUGAGUUCCAGUUCCCUGUUGCCGCUUUCCACCACGCACACGAGUCCUACCUUGUACCAGAUCUGCUCAAGCAGACAUACGGAAAUGUCACCCCAGCAAUCGCCAUCUUCAGCACCAACGCCAAUUACAAGCUCGAAGCGUACUUUGGCACUCCUUUCACCGGCGCCAUUCUUGCAUCGCAGAACAUCACACCCAUUUACAAGUCAGAUCACCCAGUGACGGACUCGAGACGCAUCUUGAAUCAGGCCGCACAAGCGCAUCACUUUGGUCUGAACGAGGUCGACGCAAUGAGGAGUGUCAUUUCGGCUCCGGCGGAGAGGUUGGGUUUGCAUCAUAGACUAGGGUACAUUCGGCAAGGGUGGGAUGCGGAUGUAGUGGUUUGGAAUACGCAUCCGUUGAGGAUGGGCGCAACCCCGGUCGAAGUUGUGAUCGAUGGUGUGCCGCAGCUUGGACCAAAUGCCCCUGUGCCCAGCCCUGACCUGCCGCAAGCCGAGGUGGACGCCCGAAUCGAAAAGUACAGACCAUCUUGGCCAGCACCCGCUGCUCCUAGAGCAGGAAACUUCAGCUUUGACAUCGAGCAGGUGAGGAAAUCCUACGACGAGAUCAUCACCUUCGAAUCACUUGCUUUCCCCUCUGCGAAGCGGGCCUCGACAAAUUGUACGGUUUUCACCAACCUCAGCCAACGAUUCAUCCGCCACAGCGGCACCGCUCGCAUCUCAGAAGAGGCGUUUCCCUCUUCCGGAACUAUCGUUGUCGCCGACGGAAAGAUUUUGUGUAGUGGGCAAACGUGCAGCGCCUCCGUGUGCCCUUCAUCCGUCGUGCACAGCAUCGAUACACGUGGCGGAGUCGUGCUUCCCGGCCUUACGUCGUUUGGGUCCAACCUCGGCCUCACCGAUAUCGUUUCUGAACCAGACGCAUCCGAUGGCUACACCCUGGACCCACUUACUUCGUCCAACGCCAUCCCGCAGACUGCUGAAUACCUUCGUUCCUGGCCCACCGCACGUGCGGUGGAUGGGCUUCAGUGGGGAGGACACGACCUGACCCGAGCACGCGCAUCCGGUGUUACUAAGGCCAUCGUUUUCCCGCAGAGCGAUACGUUUUUCUCUGGCAUCUCGGUCAAGUUUGAUACGGGUGCCGAGAAUGUCUUGUCCAAAGGGGCGGUCGAGGUGGAAGAAGUGGCAGCACAUGUGACGCUGGUGCACAAUCGCGACGGACCGAGCAUUUCAGAGCAGCUUGGGCUGCUCCGACAACUGCUCACCACUUCGCCCUCUCAGGAACCUUGGAGCUCGUCCGGCCUACAUGUAUGGGAGCGUGUUGCCAAGGGUCAACUACCGCUGGUUGUGACAGCUUUGAGAGCCGACCACAUUUCACAAGUCCUCCGAUUGAUCGACUCCUUCCCCUCGGUCAAAUUGGUCAUCUCUGGUGCGGCGGAAGGCCACCUUAUCGCACACGAACUAGCCAAGCGAAAAGUGCCCGUGCUGCUGAUCCCUCAAACUUGGCCUCGAACAUGGGACGAGUUGCGCGGACUCAGCGGUCCCCCACUCACCCGCGAGACCACGCUCUCGAGCUUGAUCAAGGCUGGUGUGAAAGUCGCAUUGAAGAUCGAGGAGGGCUGGAUGGCAAGCAACUUGCUCUGGGACGCUACCAGGGCUGCACUCGAGACCAACGGGCUGCUCAGCAAAAAGGAUGUGCUGCAGUUGGUCACUAGUGGUAUCGACCAUGUAUUGGGCAUCGAGAGUGGAGAUGAACAGGAGGAAUUUGUGGUGUACGAUGGAAAUCCGUUCGAGUACGGUGCUAAGGUGCUCGCUGUUCACUCGAAGCGCGGGACCGAAGUCGUGGAAGUGUAG